AUGGACAGACAUACAUUAGUUAUUUUGUUUGGGCUACUUCUCAACAGCCAAAUCGCCCUGGCUGUGCUGUGGAGGUGCACACAAGACGCAGAUUGCGACAGUCGCAGCGGCAGCGUGUGCGACGUCGCGACUGGCGCGUGUGUGUGCGCGCCGGGACAGCAGACCGUGUUGGGGGGCAGUGCUUGUGUUGACAUGUCACCAUACCUGACUUCUGCAUGUGUAGAAGACCACCAGUGUUCCAGAUUGUUCACAGCCUUUCAGUGCCGCCGAGUCAAUGAAACAACUGUUGGAGGCAACUGCUUCUGCAGCCCAGGUCACCACUACCACCGUGGACGGUGCUGGCGGAACGUAGACUUUGGUGGUGCGUGUGCCAGGGAUGAAGAAUGCAUGGGAGUCAUACAGAAUCCUUUCAGCAUGAGCUGCAAAGGAACUUGUCGGUGUGCUGAUGGGUAUAGCGAGCGGCAGAGGGGUGACUGCAGGAAAAUUGGCUUAGCUGUUGGCGACGGCUGCGUUCUGGAUGAGGACUGCCAGUUUCCAGAAGGAGUUUGUGACAUGUCCACACUGAGGUGUAUAAGCAAUGAUACCGAAUCAAUAUCACAACCAUUAGUAAACGUACCAGCAAAAAAAGAACCCCACACCCAAAUGGCACCACCACUAAACAUGAGGGUACCAUGGGUGGUUUGCAAUGCUACCACACCAUGUGAUGAACCUUUCGAGUGCUCGACCUUCGGCGUGUGUGUAUGCCCUGUUGGAUACUAUAGUACUGAUGGACUGAGGUGUUUAGCUGAGCUGGGUUCACCUGCUGUAUCAGACCAGUGCGUUGGCUUGCUGGCCGUCAUUGUGGACGGCAUUUGCACCUGCCCUCCCAACAUGUUCUUUGAGGAGAGCAUGAGGGAUUGUAUUAGAGCAACCCGUCGUAUUUCGGACUCUUGUGUCGCCGAUACCAACUGCCAUACAUUCGGGCCGGCGUCACGCUGCGGGCCGCCACAGGAGCCCUGGGGCUUCAGGUCCUGCGAGUGUAUCCCUGAGUACGCCGUGUGGGAUCCUCGGCUGAACUUCUGCAGGUUUUUCUCUGGACCGGGAGGUACUUGUGAAACGGACAGCGACUGUCAGGCUGGGGAGCUGGAGAUUGUCUGCGUGAAGAAUGAAGACGGUCAAGGGAUUUGCUCCUGCCCUGAUGGAUUGGAAGAAUUCGAGGGACUAUGCUUGACUACUGGGCUAGAACUUGGUGCCAGGUGCCAGCACACGCGGGAGUGCAGCGGGACGGCCAACACGGUCUGCGAUCCUCGCAGCCAGCUGUGUUCCUGCACUGAGGGGUACCAACCCAAUGACGGAGUCUGUUCGCCCAUCAUCGGUGGCACCUGCGCUCAGGAUGCAGACUGCGUUAUAGAACAUACAGAAUGCAGGAACAGCACUUGUGAAUGUAAGGAGACAUUCCUGACGUAUGAGGACGCUUGCUGGCCAGAGGUGUCAGGCUACAAUUCCACGUGCUCCAUCACCCCUCAAUGCGUCCACGCCCUCGGGGAGUCCAGCGUCUGUGACAACAGCCACUGCGUAUGUGCCAGAGGACACCACUUCAGGGACGGCAACUGCUGGCGUAGCACUCGUCUAAUGGAGCCCUGCAGCAGGAUCAGCCAGUGCUACCUGCCCAGCGCUACGGACAAGGUGGUCUGCAGGAAUGGACUGUGCCAGUGUGACUUCCACUUCGCCUUCUCAGAGGAACUGCAGACCUGCUUGCCGACCUCCGCAGCAAACUCAAUGGGACAUCUACUCCUUCUCCUGAUAGCAACAUUUACAAUUACAUUGCUAUGUAGAUAA